GUGUGAAUGCCUUCAGCUCCAUCGCAGAAAAUGAGGAUGCACUCCUCAAGCACUUAUUUCAAGGCUAUCAGAAGUGGGUCCGCCCCGUGGAAAACUCCAACAACACCAUCAAAGUCCUUUUCGGAUUAAAGAUAUCACAGCUUGUGGAUGUGGAUGAGAAGAAUCAGCUGAUGACAACCAACGUGUGGCUGAAGCAGGAAUGGAUCGACCACAAGCUGUCCUGGAAUCCAGAGGAAUAUGGUGGGAUCACCGCCAUCCGUGUCCCCUCUGAGUCCCUGUGGCUUCCUGACAUCGUUUUGUUUGAAAAUGCUGAUGGACGUUUCGAAGGAUCCCUGAUGACCAAAGCCAUAGUGAAGUACAAUGGAGUGGUGACCUGGACACCACCGGCCAGUUAUAAGAGUUCCUGCACGAUGGAUGUGACCUUCUUCCCCUUCGACAGGCAGAACUGCUCUAUGAAGUUUGGAUCGUGGACAUACGAUGGCAACAUGGUGGACUUGAUUUUAGUGGAUGAAAAUGUAGAUAGGAAAGACUUUUUUGAUAAUGGGGAGUGGGAGAUCUUAAACGCCAAAGGUAUGAAAGGCAACAGGAAGGAUGGGCUCUAUUCUUACCCAUUUGUCACUUAUUCCUUCGUGUUGAGACGUCUCCCACUGUUUUACACACUUUUCUUAAUAAUUCCUUGCCUAGGAUUGUCUUUUCUAACUGUCCUGGUGUUUUACUUGCCUUCAGAUGAAGGAGAAAAGCUUUCAUUGUCUACAUCAGUUCUAGUUUCCCUCACUGUCUUUCUUCUAGUGAUUGAGGAAAUAAUCCCUUCUUCUUCCAAAGUCAUUCCUUUGAUUGGUGAAUACCUGCUGUUCAUCAUGAUUUUUGUGACCCUCUCUAUCAUUGUGACUGUGUUUGUUAUCAAUGUCCACCACCGCUCCUCAGCAACUUAUCAUCCCAUGGCUCCCUGGGUUAAAAGACUCUUCCUCCAGAAGCUGCCUCGGCUGCUCUGCAUGAAGGGCCAUGUAGAUCACUAUUCCUUCUCAGAGACUGAAGAAAAGGAAACCACCUUGAAAUCAAAGUUCCCGGUGAAGCAGAAACACAAGCAAGCAAAAGAUGGAGAGAAAGUUGUUAUUGCCUUUUUGGAAAAGGCAGCCGACUCCAUUCGAUACAUUUCCAGGCAUGUUAAGAAGGAACAUUUCAUCAGACAG